UUUUAUAGACAUAGCAAAGCAAUCUGCUUGUUUCUAUUGGUAUUUUUCAAUAGUUGAUGAGAACAUUUGUCUCUUGAAAAGAGUAGGCUGCACCAACAGUGGCCAGUCCGGUCACUCGAGCACUGCCUCUCUGAUGGAGGGACCUUAGAAAAGUAGAAGCAUCAGAUGUAGAUAUAACUGAAACUCAAGCAUCUCGUUUUGUUUCCUUCUUUUCUGUGCGCGCAUGCGUGAGGGUGUGUGUGUGUGUGUGUGUGUGUGUGUGAGAGAGAGAGAGAGAGAGAGAGAGAUGGUAAGGAGGAGGUGUGACUGGUAUGUGGAGGUGCUUCCAUUAAUAGCAAUGGUUGUAAUGGAGUGCAUAUGUGUGGGGGUGUACACACUGUUCAAAGCAGCCACCUCGAGAGGAUUGAGCCACCAUGUCUUCCUUGUCUAUGCUUGUGCUGUCUCUGUUCUCGUUCUUCUUCCUGCUCCUUUCAUGUCCUACAGAUCAAGAGCACUUCCUCCUCUCAGCUUGGCCAUACUAGCCAAAAUUGGUCUUCUUGGCCUGAUUGGGGGUUCAUCGCAGAUCAUGGGCUACACUGGGAUUAGUUUCAGCUCUCCAACUCUUGGUUCAGCCCUUGGCAACCUCACUCCGGCUCUCACUUUCCUACUUGCCAUCAUUGUCAGGAUGGAGAAAGUAUCACUGAAGAGAAGCAGCAGUCAGGCCAAGAUCAUCGGGACCAUUCUGUCGAUAUCCGGUGCAUUUUUUAUCACUCUCUACAAGGGUCCUCCGAUUAUUACUGCCUCUCUAAAAUGGUCUCUCUCAUUUGAUCCGCUCCUGAGCUCAUCAAGCUCGAACUGGGUCCUGGGAGGGAUUUUUCUCAUGGCCGAGUACAUUCUUACUCCAAUUUUCUACAUCAUUAUGGCACAGAUGAUGGAGGACUAUCCAGCCGAACUGACCGUGCCCUUCUUCUAUAACUUUUUUGUGUGCUUCAUAGCUGCAAUCGUCGCUUUAGCUGCGGAACAUGACGCUAAUGCUUGGAGAGUAAGCGAUUUAGGACUCGCCUCUGUAAUAUGCUCAGGAAUUUUUGUGCAAUGUCUGCGCAACUGUGUUCACACCUGGGCGAUCCGCCUAAAAGGUCCGCUCUAUGUUGCAAUGUUCAAGCCAGUAUCGGUCGUCAUCGCCUUCGUAAUGGGCUUCUUCUUUCUUGGCGAUGCACUUUGUCUCGGAAGUCUCAUUGGAGCGAUUAUAAUAUCCAUCGGAUUCUAUACCGUAUUGUGGGGGAAGGCAAAAGAGGAGACAAAUGAAGAGCCCCAAGAGAGCGGCGCACAAUCGCCACCCUCUCAGAAAGUUCCUCUACUGCCAAAACAUCAGAGCCAUUGAAGCUGUUCGCUUAUACUACUACUUGGUCUCCAUUUGAGUUGUACUUGAAUAAAAGCAGGACGCUCUAUGUGAAUAGAUCACAAGGCUUGCUCACUUGCCCUUGACUAUUUUAUGUAUCGAGAUGGUGCAAUUCAACUUAUUAUAAAAUACAACAAAAGGGCAAGUCAGCUUUUUCAAUUUUUUCAAUUUUUUAUUUUUUUGGAUAUGUAAUAUUUUAUGGGAAAAUCUUCAAGUAAUUUCAAAAACCGCUACAAUGAUUAUGUGAA